UUUUGAUGUUGCCUCUGAUCUUUGUAUGCAGUAUCCAUUAAAGGAUUCGGGGCUGUUUCUUGUGAAACCGCAGCAGGAUUAUUUUGCAGAAAAGCCAACCAACAUGGAAAAAAAGGUAAAAUGAUGUCUACCAUUCUCAUUUUAAUAUUCCACAUGAUCUUAUGUGUGACUUACAGCUAGUGUUACAAUUAACAAAAAUUGUUAGAGUCGUGAUACUUGCCCAGCUACAUACAUGACAUGAUGAGCACGCUAUUUAAAAACAACUCCAUUGAGAAGCUUGCGGAGAUUGAUGAGAUCAGAUUCGGAUUCUUGAGGCUUGUUCCAAAUUGGUCGGUGAAGCAAGCCAUCAUGGUUCACCUGGUCGAGUCAUAUCAAGUGAAGCCAAGAACUUUUAUACUCGACAUUGGAAACAUCCGCCUCAAUGCCGAGUUAAUCGGGAGGGUUUUUGGCAUUCCGUCUCGAGGCGAUCCAUUCCCAUCCCUGGAUGACAGUAAUCCCUGCCACGUGACUAUCAAAAAGAGGUUCUAUAGACAGACAAUAACUGAACUCUGGGAUUUAGUUUACAACUGUCCAAUGGCAACAGAAUAAGAUAGAAUGGAGUUCAGGAGAUAUUUUUUACUGGUGGUAAUAAAAAUGUUCCUGUACCCCACCACUCAACAGGUAAUUUCGCCAUGGCACAUCUACCCCGUCUUAGAUGUUUUUGAUCCACGAAGAUUCAACUGGCUGUUGUAAACUCUAAAGUGGUUCAACAUGGCAACCGAGAAGUAUAAGCUGAAAGGGAACAAAAUUUGUGAAGGUUGCAUCUUCGUCAUGCUGGUAGGACGUAAUGACUAUUAGUAAAUUCAGUAUGCUAUUUUUUUAUGUAGAACAUAACUUGUAGAAAAUUAAUUUCCUAUGC